ACUAAAAAAAAGAAAUACAAAAUUGAUUUGAAAAAAUAAAGUCAAAACCCUAAAUCAACAAAUUGCAUCAGAAAAACGAAGAUAACUCAACUCGCCAGAAAACCCAACCGGAGUUCCUCCUCGCCGCCGUACAACCUGCCAGAAACUUCGUCGUAUCCGCUUCCGUACCAGCAACCUGAAGAUUGCGCAUUGCAACAACUUGAAAUCCAUCAUUCAUCAUCCAUGAACAUGGAGACAGAUGAAGGUUUAAACAGUAUUAAAGAUAUAAGGCAACAACUUGAAGCUCGCAUAGAAACCCAACACAAGUCACACAUGGACAUGCUUUCUUCUGUACAAUCCGUUAUACCUAAUCUUGUUUCUUCUCUUGACCUUUCUCUGAAAGUUCUCUCUUCUUUCAACCACCGUCCUUUUGCUCCUACACCCCCUCUCCCUCCUCCUCUAACCAAUUUCAACCCUUCCAAAUCAUCUCUCCAACAACUACCUCAAAACCCUUUUAAUAACAAUAAUAAUAAUCUUCAAAACCCUAAAAUCUCUCUUGUUACUAAAAAUCCAGAAUCUGAGAAAGUUAGUUCUUUGUCCAUUGUUCGAUCAAUGGUUGCUGUUUGUCUUUUAAGUCGAGUACCUUUUUCACCUAUUGAUUCUUCCACUUUAUUGUGGAAAUUGGAGAACGAUCAAACGGUUAUGCCACAAGACAAAGCCGCACUUCAAGAGCUUGGUGGAGAUUCAGGAGGGCCAACGCUUGCAGUCGAGAUAGCUUUGAGGUCAAUGGCAGAUGAUAACGGUGCUGUUGAAUUGGAAGAGUUUGUUGUAAGUGGGAAAUCAAGAAUUAUGGUUUUGAAUAUAGAAAGGGCCCGUCUCUUGAGAGAAUUUCCUGAAACUGCACAUCAUCAUCAGCAACAAAAUGAAUCGAGUCUUGGAGAUGGUAAUAUGAAUCAAAAUCAGCAACAAAUUGUUACCGGUAGUACCAAUGUGAAUGGCGUUAUGGGUCCGAUGGGAAGGCCAGUUUUGAGGCCAAUAUCUGAUAAUAUGUGGAUGUCACAUGGUGACCCUCACAUGCCAGGGUUACAACAAAUAUUUUCUGGUGGUGGACCAAGGGUAGCACCAGGACUAAUGGGAAUGGUGUCUGCACAGAGAGGUAUAGUUAUUCCGUCGAUGCAUAGACUCCCAAUGGGGCCAAAUGCAUCAGGGAGUAAUAUUAAUGCAAUGCCACAGAAACCAAAAACAUAUGAUGAGGAUUUGAAGGAGGAUUUGAAGGAAUUUGAGGCUAUAAUUAAUAAGAAAUCGUUUAGGGAGAUGCAAAAAUCCAAAACUGGUAAGGAGCUUUUGGAUUUAAUUCAGAAACCGACUGCAAGGGAGGCUGCUGUAGCUGCUAAGUUCAAAACUAAAGGUGGUUCUCAGGUGAAACAAUAUUGUGACUUACUGACAAAAGAAGAUUGUCGGCGCCAGACCGGUUCCUUUGUAGCAUGUAAUAAGGUUCAUUUUAGACGAAUCAUUGCUCUUCACACUGACAUUAAUCUGGGAGACUGUUCUUUUCUAGAUACUUGCCGGCACAUGAAGACAUGUAAAUAUGUUCACUAUGAGUAUGACCCUACACCUGAUUUGCCUCCAACAAUGACGGGUGCUCUUACUCCUCCUCCCAAACCACUAAAACAGCAGCGUGCUGAGUAUUGUUCUGAAGUGGAACUUGGUGAACCACAAUGGAUCAACUGUGAUAUACGUAACUUUAGAAUGGACAUAUUAGGUAAGUUUGGAGUAAUAAUGGCUGAUCCACCGUGGGACAUUCACAUGGAGCUUCCUUAUGGAACAAUGGCGGAUGAUGAAAUGCGCACUCUUAAUGUCCCUGCUCUGCAAACUCACGGGCUUAUUUUUCUAUGGGUCACUGGGCGUGCGAUGGAACUUGGACGAGAAUGCUUAGAACUUUGGGGAUAUAAACGUGUUGAGGAGAUCAUUUGGGUGAAAACAAAUCAACUUCAGCGAAUAAUUAGAACUGGACGUACGGGCCAUUGGCUCAAUCACAGCAAGGAACAUUGUCUCGUUGGGAUAAAGGGUAGUCCUGAAGUAAACAGAAACAUUGACACCGAUGUUAUUGUUGCUGAAGUCCGGGAAACAAGCCGAAAGCCCGAUGAGAUGUAUCCUUUGUUGGAGAGAAUAAGUCCAAGAACAAGAAAGCUGGAGUUGUUUGCUCGCAUGCACAAUACUCAUGCGGGGUGGAUGUCUCUGGGUAAUCAAUUGAGUGGUGUAAGGUUAGUGGAUGAAGGGCUGCGGGCAAGGUUUAAGGCAGCUUAUCCAGAUGUGGAGGUGCAGCCAGCAUCACCUCCCAGAGCUUCUGCUAUGGAGGUAGACUCCAGUGUUGCUGUUCAAACAAGGAGUCCAUUUGCCAGCACAGAAUCAAAGUCCACUGCUGAGCCUUCAGCUCCAGUAACUACCUCUGCUUCAGAGGAGAAGGCGAUGGCCAUUGAUGUGGACACUAACUAAGUUUCUACCAAUUUAAUCUUAUGAUUUUGGUAUGGAACUUUAUAAAGCUGAAGGGAAAAAAAGCAGUAUUUUGACUUUUUCUACCAUUCUUUAGUUUGCUAUUUUCUCGUUGUUCUUUCCUUUUGUGGCAUGUAAAAUUAAUAAUGUUGUAAUAGUAGUCUCUCUCUCUCUCUUAACAUAAACUUCAUCCUCAAAGUCCCAAAACUGUUGAGACUGAAAUUAGAAAAAAUACUGAAUUCUCCACACAAUUAUGAAACUUGAGUUAUUGGUAUAAUAAAAGAGAUGGACAAGGUAACGGAAAA